GGCGGCGGCAGCGGCGGCGGGCGGGCGGCCCAGCCGGGGCGCGAGGGCUCGGGAGCGCGCGGGCGCUCGGGGGGCGCAGGGUCAGGGACCCGCCCCCGGGGCUCGGGAGGCGGCCCUGCCCGGGCGGCCGGAGGAGCGCGGGCGGCCAGGCGGCGGCGCGAUGCCGCUCGCCCAGCUCAAGGAGCCCUGGCCGCUCAUGGAGCUGGUGCCGCUGGACCCGGAGAACGGCCAGACCUCGGGGGAAGAAACUGGACUUCAGCCAUCCAAGGAUGAGGGUGACGUCAAGGAGAUCGCCAUCACGCACCAUGUCAAGGCUGGCUCCGAGAAGGCUGACCCGUCCCACUUCGAGCUCCUCAAGGUUUUGGGACAGGGCUCUUUUGGCAAAGUCUUCUUGGUGCGUAAGGUCACCCGGCCUGACAAUGGGCACCUGUAUGCCAUGAAGGUGCUAAAGAAGGCAACACUGAAAGUGCGCGACCGCGUUCGGACCAAGAUGGAGAGGGACAUCCUGGCCGACGUGAACCAUCCCUUUGUGGUGAAGCUGCACUAUGCCUUCCAGACGGAGGGCAAGCUCUAUCUCAUUCUGGAUUUCCUGCGCGGCGGGGACCUCUUCACGCGGCUCUCCAAAGAGGUCAUGUUCACGGAGGAGGAUGUGAAGUUUUACCUGGCUGAGCUGGCGUUGGGUCUGGACCACCUGCACAGCCUGGGCAUCAUUUACAGAGACCUCAAGCCUGAGAACAUCCUUCUGGAUGAGGAGGGCCACAUCAAACUCACAGACUUUGGCCUGAGCAAGGAGGCCAUCGACCACGAGAAGAAGGCCUACUCCUUCUGUGGGACAGUGGAGUACAUGGCACCUGAGGUCGUCAACCGCCAGGGCCACACCCACAGCGCCGACUGGUGGUCCUAUGGGGUACUGAUGUUCGAGAUGCUGACAGGCUCCCUGCCCUUCCAGGGCAAGGACCGAAAGGAGACCAUGACCCUGAUUCUCAAGGCGAAGCUUGGCAUGCCCCAGUUUCUGAGCGCAGAAGCGCAGAGCCUCCUGCGAGCCCUGUUCAAACGGAAUCCUGCCAACCGGCUCGGCUCCGGUCCUGACGGGGCUGAGGAGAUCAAACGGCAUGUCUUCUACUCCACCAUUGACUGGAACAAGCUGUACCGCCGGGAGAUCAAACCGCCCUUCAAGCCGGCCGUGGCGCAGCCCGACGACACGUUCUACUUUGACACGGAGUUCACGUCCCGCACGCCCAAGGAUUCCCCAGGCAUUCCCCCGAGCGCUGGGGCUCACCAGCUGUUCCGUGGCUUCAGCUUCGUGGCCACUGGCCUGAUGGAAGAUGACAGCAAGUCCCGGACUACGCAGGCACCACUGCACUCAGUAGUACAGCAACUCCAUGGGAAGAACCUCGUUUUUAGCGAUGGGUAUGUGGUGAAGGAGACAAUUGGUGUGGGCUCCUACUCCGUGUGCAAGCGCUGUGUCCACAAGGCCACCAACAUGGAAUAUGCCGUCAAGGUCAUUGACAAGAGUAAGCGGGACCCCUCAGAAGAGAUUGAGAUCCUUCUGCGGUAUGGGCAGCACCCCAACAUCAUCACCUUGAAAGAUGUGUAUGAUGACGGCAAACACGUGUACCUGGUGACAGAACUGAUGCGGGGUGGGGAACUGCUGGACAAGAUCCUGCGGCAGAAGUUCUUCUCGGAGCGGGAGGCCAGCUGCGUCCUGCACACCAUCAGCAAGACUGUGGAGUACCUACACUCGCAGGGGGUGGUGCACAGGGACCUCAAGCCCAGCAACAUCCUAUACGUGGAUGAGUCAGGCAACCCCGAGUGCCUGCGCAUCUGUGAUUUCGGCUUUGCCAAGCAGCUGCGGGCUGAGAAUGGGCUUCUCAUGACACCCUGCUACACAGCCAACUUUGUGGCGCCUGAGGUGCUGAAGCGCCAGGGCUACGAUGAAGGCUGCGACAUCUGGAGCUUGGGCAUCUUGUUGUACACCAUGCUGGCAGGGUACACUCCUUUUGCCAAUGGACCCAGUGACACUCCAGAGGAGAUCCUGAGCCGCAUUGGCAGUGGCAAGUUCACGCUCAGCGGGGGUAAUUGGAACACUGUGUCUGAUACCGCCAAGGACCUAGUGUCCAAGAUGCUGCAUGUGGACCCCCACCAGCGCCUCACAGCCAAGCAGGUGCUGCAGCACCCAUGGAUCACACAGAAAGACAAGCUCCCCCAAAGCCAGCUGUCCCACCAGGACCUGCAGCUUGUGAAGGCAGCCAUGGCAGCCACAUACUCCGCACUCAACAGCUCCAAGCCCACCCCACAGCUGAAGCCCAUCGAGUCCUCCAUCCUGGCCCAGCGGCGGGUGAGGAAGCUGCCGUCCACCACCCUGUGAGGACCCAGCGCGUCCAGGCCACAGGCUGGUGCUAGCUCCAAGGAAGUGGCUUCCUUGCCUGAGGAAGCAGGUCCGAGUGUAUGGGCCAGAGCAACGGGGAGCCCCCGAGAGGCCCAGAAGCAGCCAGUUCAGGCCACCCCAGUGAGGGUGGGAGAAGUGCCUUCUCGUUCCCGGGACGGACUCGGGCCCGGCGCUGCUGGCUGCACCAGAUUCCCCGCACAGACUCUGAGCUUCCUGGAAGGAAGCAGCGGCGCUAGCCACCAUGGGUUUCUGCGAGACCCAUUUGCCUUUCUGGCAGCAGCAGCAGUAGCCAGCACAGCCCUGUGAGGGGCACUGAGUCACGCUGGGGCACUCUGUGGCUAGGACUCCUUAGAGCCACUUUGGGGGGACCCCCACAGUUGGCCAUCAGAAGCCAUCUGCACACAGAAACGCUGACCGCUCAAUAGAGCCCACUGUGGCCCCAGGUAGCCCCUGGUCCAUUCUGUUCUCCUGGGGGAGCCCUAGUAGGGAGGGCCCCCUCCGCCUGGCUGGCUCCCACCCACGGGCACCAGCAUCCACCAGGCAGCCCGUGAAGUGGGGCAGCUCUGGAGAGAGGACACGGACAGCACUGCAGGGCAGACGUCUGUCAUGCUCACCAUGGGACAGAGUUCACAGGAGGCCGGGGACAGGCCACCAGCGCCAGGGGCUUCUCUCAUUUCUUCCUCAGCUGGUAACUCAGGGUUCAUCUGUCCAUGGCCUUUCUAAUAAACUUAACGAUCGAAUCGAA